CAACAUGGCGCAGUCGACAUAGCGAGCCUUUGUUUGUCGCAAAACAAUUCGGCGAAAACUGCGAAAAAAAUGUAAGGCACCUCAACAAAACCAGAACAACGAAGCGCCGAAGUAACCCGCCUCCCGAAAAUCACGCAAGUCGCCAUCGCAAAGUGAGCGAACGCUCCACAUCGUCGCAUCUUCGCCAGCCGCCGUCGAAGCGCAUUUUCCCGCCAGAAUCGCCGCAACCGUUACGGCGGACAGCAACGCUAAUCCUUCAAGCUCCCGCUCGCAAGAAGGACUUAGUGCCCGGACAUCGAAGACUCGACAAACGACCCCGCAAACACUCGCCAAGACGUCCGAUGACUUCGUGAAACUGCAAGUACGUGACACCUUUUCUGCUCGUCGUCAACCACAUUAAGCCUAGCCGACAUAUCCGCCAAAAAAAAAAAAAAAUGAAACCGACGGACAUCCAAAGUCUGACGAACAUCGUCGCUCAACUCGCUCUAACAGUACAACAGCUGGCCGAAAGCCAAAGACAGCCGGUACAAAUUACAUCAACGGCGGAUACCGCGAAUGCGAUCCCCAAAUUUACCGGUGAUCCGUUAGACGACGCUAAACAAUGGACCCAAGAUGUGGAACGGAUCGCAGCUCAAGCGUUAUGGACCCCCGCACUGACGCUCCUGAACGCUACGUCUCGACUCUCAGGCCUCGCAGCCAACUGGCAAAAGACGAACGGAAAACACCACCACGAGUGGGAAGAGUGGAAACGAGUUCUCAUUGAACGAUUUCGACGACGACUUUCGAUGAAGGACUUCAUCGAGCUACAGGCAAAGAGGACGCUAAGGAGGAACGAGACCCUGGUCCAGUACAUUUUCGAGAAGGAUGCCCUCCUCGAGAAGUCUCCACAUCCCCUGACCCCCGAGGAACGCAUAUCGAUGAUCAUCGGCGACAUCAAGGAUACAAAGUGGUCAAUCCCGCUUGCUUCUCACCUCUACUCCUCCGUGACAGAAUUAGUUGACAGAGCAGCAACACUCGACUCGCUGCGACAACUGGAAAAAGAAGGAAGCAACGACAAGAAAGACGCAGGAACAAGAGAGAAGCCAUUCCUCCGCAAGUUCAACCCAAAGUUGGGCGACAAGACCGAAGAUCUGCACUGCUGGAGAUGCGGAAAGAAGGGGCAUAUCUCGCAUCAGUGUCAUCUUCCACCUCCAGAAGCAGGUAGUGCACUCGCAGCACCAGCUGACGGUGAAACUGCUACACCGACACACCAAAGGAACGCGCACCAACGCCGCAGUAAUGAAGCUGGCACAGCCCACCACAACCAUGCCAGCAACACACGCCUUCCUCGUUCUUCAAGUGAGAAUGCUGCCAAUGGUUCAACUCAGGACGCGAAGAAACCAAAUGCCCGCUACUCUGUGAACUGCUUGUACACCGAAGGUCCUCGCGCACCGAUCGUCAACGCCAUCAUUAACGGCACAACUACAGUGGACGCUCUCUGUGAUUGUGGAUCAGAAGUCACGCUAAUCCGAAAGCAUGUCGCACCACCCGAACUACCAGUGUUCAAAUGGCAAAACGGACCAAUCGAGACAGCAGCAGGACCCAUAACACCCGCCGGAUGGAUCACCCUGCGUGUCAAAGUUGGGAACAUUGAUUACACCAUGCCACAAGUGGGACUUUGUGAACACCUGCCUGUCACCCUUGUUUUGGGUAAUGACUGGAAAUGGUUUGUCCAGGCCCGGUACAUCAUUGAAGCAGACGGAAGCUUCUGCAUCACGACUCCGACAUCCAUUCAGGAAUUCACGCGCUUCAAAGCCCAAACGCUCACCGCAAACUGCAUCUUCAAAUCCAGGCCAAUGGAGGCAUCACUGCAGACCGAUGUGGCACUAGCACCUAGGGCCACAACAGAGACCUUGUGCUCAACCAAGUCAACAGAGCCGCUACCGCAAAUCACGACUUCCGGAGAACGUAUGCCCGUGGAUCAUCCGAGUCCAUCUGCACUCAACACUGAGACAAUCACCGAUAAAGUGACCAUACAUGCUUCUCUUGCCGCAACCGAGCAAGAAGAACUCUGCUCUCUUGUAAAAGAGUAUGAAGAUAUUUUCGCACACCAGGCGAAGAUUGGUGAGUGCCCCUAUGUUGAACUCAGCAUUAACCUAGAGCACUCCAGACCAGUUCGUCGCCAACCCUACCGCCUCUCCCAGCCUGACCGACAGUUCCUCGAGAACCAAGUGCAAACUUGGAGGGAACAAGGCAUCUGUCGCCCGUCCACAUCUAUGUAUGCAUCGCCAGCCUUCGUAGUGGACCAGCCUUUUCAUGACACGACACCUCGACGUGUAGUCGUUGACUACUCCCGCACAAUCAAUCCGAUCACUGUUGCAGAUCUACAACCAGUCGACUUCAUGGAAGACGCACUUCAUGCAAUUGCAGGUUCUCGUUUCAUGUCUAACAUGGACAUCAAGAGUGCAUUCUUCACAAUCAAAGUGAAAGAAGACGACGUGCACAAAACAGCCUUCGUCACCCAAGACCACCACGAAGAGUUUCUACGAAUGCCUUUUGGGCUCAAGAACGGACCGCCGACCAUGACAAGAGCCAUCAAAUUGGCAUAUUCGCACCUUCGCAAACUAGGUGUUGUCACCUACAUCGACGACAUUGCCUGCGCGCACAACAAUUUCGAAGACCACAUCAAAUGCCUCCGCGAGAUCUUCAAGGCCACACGAAGCAUGGGUUUCACACUCUCGCCAACCAAGUGUGUCUUCGCCUCGCCAACCAUCACGCUCCUCGGAAGAGUGUUGACAACAGAAGGCAUACAGCCAGACCCUGACCGCACAUCUGCUGUAUCUCGGUAUGCUACACUGACGUCCAUACAUGAGGUUCGCAGCUUCCUUGGAUUUGCGAACACGUUUCGCAAACAUAUAGAGAACUUUGCAGUGAUUGCAAGACCGCUUAAUGAACUUCUGAAGAAGACCACAAGCAAAGAAAAGAACAAAGAAACGCCCACUCAAGCACUUCAGCUUGCCCUCGACAAUACUCAGCAGGAAUCCUUCGAGUCACUCAAGAUGAAGAUCACUUCGCCGCCAGUCCUGUCCUUCUUCAAGCAAGAAUGUCAGACGUAUGUCGAGACAGAUGCGUCACAUGAAGGUCUUGGAGCCUGCCUCUCGCAAGACCAGAAUGGCAAAAGACGUGUCAUAGAAUAUGCCAGCAGAUCCCUCAAAGACGCAGAAAAGAGUGAACAAAGCCAAGCUGAACCGCAAGUUUGCACGCUACAUCGUUGACCUGGCAGCCUUCGAUUUCACCGCCCUCCACAGGCCAGGCAAGGAAAAUGUCAUCGCUGACCAUUUGUCCCGCUACCCUCUCCCCACCCAAGCAUGUCUCGCCGUGCUAACAUCACAAGAUUCAGAGCUUGUUCGCACUCAGCAGACCGAUGAGUACUGCCGCCAAGUCCUUGACAAGCUAUGGAAACAGCCCGACACGCAUCAUCUGAAGCAAAUUCAUAACUCCUUCAAGUUAUCAAACUCGGUGCUAACUCACGUGACAACAGUUGGAGGCCAUAGGAGAGAACAACUCGUUCUUCCUUUUGCAUUGCGCUCCACAGUACUCCGCCUUUGUC